UGGAGCGCGCGACUCCACCCAACAGCCAGAACUGAAGCACAAAACAACUUUCGCGAGCGCAGCGCGAGUCAUGGCGUCAAAGAAGAUCUCCUGAAGAACAAACUGCACAAACUCUCACCAAAAGCCCCUAACAAGCCGUCGACGACCGUCUGGAUCUAAUAUAAACAACAAAAAAGUCCACUUUACGAAGGAAUCAUGGUUACCGAGUGUCGACUUUAUUAGCUAGCAGAGCGCAGCUAGCUCAAGAGUUUGGCGUCGCGAGGAGUUUCGCGAACAGUGUAAAUAUUGUGUAAAUAUCUAAUUUAAUACGGAGUAGUGUGAGGAAGCGAGCUGUAAGAGUCUCUGCGAGAGUUUGCUGGUGUGUAGUUUGCCUGUGGACGGGUGGAGAUGGCUCAGUCACCGGUAGCUGUUCAAGUUCCUGGAAUGCAGAACAGUCGAACAGACCCCGAGGAGCUGUUCACUAAACUGGAGCGCAUCGGGAAGGGCUCGUUCGGGGAGGUGUUUAAAGGCAUCGACCGCCGCUCUCAGAACGUAGUGGCCAUCAAAACCAUCGACCUCGAGGAAGCAGAAGAUGAGAUCGAAGACAUCCAACAGGAGAUCACUGUUCUCAGCCAGUGUGAUAGUCCUCAUGUCACCAAAUACUAUGGCUCUUACCUAAAGGUAUGGAUUGAUGUUGUACUGUUUCACACAUUAGCUGUAGCACAUUGCUAA